AACGGAAUUCAUAAAAAUUACGACGUCUUUCGCUUGCUGCAGGGAGUGAAGCCAAAAAUAAUUUUUAUUGUAAAAAUAACCUUCUCAAAGGUUUUGUGAUAAUUUAAAACAUGUCUUUAAUUAGCAGAAAUGUUUUCCGAGCCCUAUUUCAGGGAUCGCAACAUGUCGGCAAAGGCGUCCACACAAGCGCGGUAAACGCGGACAAAAACGUAUGUUUAGCACCACAUUCUAUCAGCACCCUGCAAUCGCAAGUGACGAAGGAAGGCCGCAUCAAGUGCACCCUCAUCCCCGGCGAUGGCGUUGGCCCUGAGCUGGUAUAUUCCGUACAGGAGGUUUUCAAGGCGGCGAGCAUUCCCGUGGACUUCGAGUCGUUCUUCUUCUCCGAGGUGAACCCCACGCUCAGUGCUCCCCUUGAAGAUGUCGUCAACUCCAUCUCCAAGAACAAGAUCUGUAUCAAGGGUAUCCUCGCGACGCCCGACUUCUCCCACACCGGCGAGCUGCAGACCCUCAACAUGAAGCUUCGCAACGCUCUGGACCUGUUCGCCAACGUCGUGCACGUCAAGUCGCUGCCCAACGUCAAGUGCCGCCACAGCAACGUGGACUGCAUCAUCAUCCGGGAACAGACCGAGGGCGAAUAUUCAGCGUUGGAGCACGAGUCAGUUCCCGGUGUGGUGGAAUGCUUGAAAAUCAUCACCGCCAAGAAGUCCGAGCGCAUCGCCAAGUUCGCGUUCGACUACGCGGUCAAGAUGGGCCGCAAGAAGGUCACCGCCGUGCACAAGGCAAACAUCAUGAAGCUGGGCGACGGGCUCUUCCUGCGAUGCUGCGAGGACAUGGCCAAACUGUACCCGCGCAUCCAAUUCGAGAAGAUGAUCGUGGACAACUGCACGAUGCAGAUGGUGUCGAACCCCAACCAGUUCGACGUGAUGGUGACGCCCAACCUGUACGGGAACAUCGUGGACAACCUGGCCAGCGGGCUGGUGGGCGGCGCGGGCGUCGUGGCUGGGGCUUCCUACAGUGCCGAGUGCGCCGUGUUCGAACAGGGCGCGCGCCACAUCUUCUCUGGCGCGGUGGGCAAAAACAUCGCCAACCCCACCGCCAUGCUGCUGUGCUCCGCCAACAUGCUGGCGCACGUCAACCUGCACUCCUACUCCAAGAUGAUGAAGAACGCCAUCAACAAGGUUCUCAUGGACGGCAAAGUGAGGACAAAAGAUCUGGGCGGCCAGAACACCACCAAGGACUUCACAAACGCCGUCAUCCACAGCCUCGACCACUAAACACAGAACUGACACUAGUGUUGCGUGCGUAUAAUUACCGAUAUCGAUAUCCUUGAAAAAGUAGACGUUAUAUCGAGUCAACAGUACAAAAUAAUUCAAAUGUAAUGUCGAUAUUUAUGUUGAAGACAGCAUUUGCCUUUAGCCAAUGUAGAACGUAAGUUUCGAUUAGAUAAUACUCAUGCUAUCUUCCAUGUACAAUAUCGAUAAUUCUAACAAGUGACAAUACUUAACUACUUUUAAAACUUAA